UCCGGAAGCCGGCAGCCGCCCCAGCCGUCAGACCCGCGGUUGCGGCAGUGGGGUCGGGCGCGCACCGACUUGUUCUCGCCUGAGUUCGGCCUCGACCUUGAACGGUGGGGAAAGGAAAUGGCCCUGCUGUGCUACAACCGGGGCUGCGGCCAGCGCUUCGAUCCCGAGAACAACUCCGACGAUGCUUGCACAUAUCACCCAGGUGUUCCAGUCUUUCAUGAUGCCUUAAAGGGUUGGUCUUGCUGUAAGAGAAGAACAACUGAUUUUUCAGAUUUUUUAAGCAUUGCAGGCUGUACAAAAGGCAGGCAUAAUAGUGAGAAGCCACCUGAGCCAGUCAAACCUGAAGUCAAGACUACUGAGAAGAAAGAACUUUCUGAAUUGAAACCCAAAUUUCAGGAGCACAUCAUUCAAGCCCCUAAACCAGUAGAAGCAAUAAAAAGGCCAAGCCCAGAUGAACCAAUGACAAACUUGGAAUUAAAAAUAGCUGCCUCGCUAAAACAAGCACUUGAUAAACUUAAACUAACCUCGGGGAAUGAAGAAAAUAAGAAAGAAGAGGACAGUGAUGAAAUUAAGAUUGGGACCUCAUGUAAAAAUGGAGGGUGUUCAAAGACUUAUCAGGGUCCACAGAGUUUAGAAGAAGUCUGUGUAUAUCAUUCUGGAGUACCUAUUUUUCAUGAAGGGAUGAAAUACUGGAGCUGCUGUAGAAGAAAAACUUCUGAUUUCAAUACAUUCUUAGCACAAGAGGGCUGUACAACAGGGAAGCACAUGUGGACUAAAAAGGAUGCUGGGAAAAAAGUUGUUCCUUGUAGACAUGACUGGCAUCAGACUGGGGGUGAAGUCACCAUUUCAGUGUAUGCUAAAAAUUCACUUCCAGAACUUAGCCAAGUAGAAGCAAAUAGUACAUUGUUAAAUGUGCACAUUGUAUUUGAAGGAGAGAAGGAAUUUCAUCAAAAUGUGAAAUUAUGGGGUGUGAUUGAUGUAACACGAAGUUAUGUAACUAUGACUGCAACAAAGAUUGAGAUCACCAUGAGAAAAGCUGAACCUAUGCAAUGGGCAAGCCUUGAACUGCCUGCUACCAAAAAGCCGGAAAAACCAAAAAAAGAUACAGCAGAAUGAGUUGACAGGGAUAGAAAGUUAUUGCCUAUUUCAGAAUUCUUAGCUGUGUGGUAAAAUGGUGGCUUGCUGCUGUCCUCUCUUGUUGCUGUGUUGUCAUUGUUGUUGCUGUCAUUGUUGAAUCUGGCAGUUCAGGGUCAAUGGUAGGUUCUUAAAAGCCAAAGUCAGUUUAUCUUUCUGUGCCUCCCAUCUUCUUUUUGAGUUACCUAAGUUUGAUUAUUCAUUUCUCCUCACUCGACAGAACUGUAGUUGGGUCCUUUACUUGAAAAGCUAGAAAGUAGCUCAUAGUUACAGUAUUUUUCCAUAUAAUAUUACGUUGAGCAGAGAAGUGUAAAAGAACAUUUGUUUUGUUCACAUCUCUUUUCUGUUACCCCAUAAUUAGUAAAGCAAGAUGGAAUGUCGGAUUUUUAAUUAGUUUUUUCAUGAGUUUGUGUUCCUAUAAUACUUGAAAAUCUUUAAGGAGGAGAUAAAGCUCUGCAUUGUUUUAUCCUUGGGAAGGUUACUUUUUCUAGGAGGAAUAAUUCUGAGGUAGUGUUGUAGCUAGUUAAAGGAGAAUAUAUGCAUUGAAUAACAAAUUGGAAUUUGUUUACAACUAAUUGAAUUAAAACAUUAUAUCAGUACCUGUAUUACUUGCCAAGCGCUAUGAUUUAAAUGUAUAGAAAACAUUAUAAAUAAGAGUAGAGGGGUAUCAAUUUGAUUAGAAUUUGCCAUUUUAUUAAGACUAAGCAAUAAUGGUACACAUCUCUUUCCUGAUUAUUUUAUAAGGUCUUUGUAUGGUGUUACGACUAAAUUGUAUCGGAUUUAUAGCCUACACCCUUUUAAAAUCUUUAGUUACUUGUAAAGAGAAAUUAUAUAUCUGGCCUCCGUGAUGGGAACCUUUAUGUAUUGAACCGUAGACUUAAAGGCUUAUGGAAAUACAUUAGGGUAUCAGAAAACUAAAUAUUUAAGCUUUUCUUUAUGAGAAAUACCUAUUACAUGUUAAAUAAAAUAGCUGAAUUCUUUUAGAAGUUUUUUUUUUUUUUAAGACUUUCAUGAAUAGCUUGACAAUUCUAGGUGAUACAAUGUUGAUUGUGUAUAUACUUCAUUAACUACAGGUAUCACAGGCUUAGAUUGUUUAUGCUAAUUAAACCCAUUAAAGAUAGCUUACUUUUUGAGGCAAUGCAGAGCUCACCAAGAAAACUAAAAUUAAGAAAUGUUUGAAGGCCAGAACUUUGGCAAAACUUAAGAAAUUUGGGUAUGAAUUAUGCUAAUGUAGAUUAAAAUGAUUAUUUCCCAAGCCCCUUGAGUGUUUUUCUUUUAUUCUUACAAAGAAAAUUUGCAUAAUUACAGUUUUAGAAGUACAGGUUAAUAAAGAGUAUGUCUCACUCAACUAGCCAAUAACUACUAAAGGUAGUUACGUAAUUAUUAAAGGAUUUAGCUCUGUUACAAAUAAAGACAUAAAAAACUUGGCAACUGGGCUUUCAGGAUACAUGGUAUUUUAACAAAAUACCAUGGAAACAUUUCAGAACAACUGGGCCAAAAGAGAAUAUUACAAGUUUUUAGUACUUGGGGUUGUAUUUAAAUUUUUAAAAAUUAUCUUUCAUAAUUUAAGGACUUGGGUUCAUUUGGAGACAUAAAAUCUUAUUAUAUAUUGUUUAGGGGAGAGGUUGAUACUUGAUUUGAUUUGAGGUGGUGAUUAAUACACUUUUUUUAAUGUUUUCUUCUUGAGACUUUUUUCCCCCUAAGCAAUAUCUUAAGCUGUUACAUGCAGUUGAACUAUUAUUUAAAGCAAGUGGAUUAUUCACCUGAGAGUUAGUUAUAAAGCACUGACUCUGUGUGUGUUUUUGUGUAUGUGUGCGAAAGUUGCAGCUUAUGUAUUCAUUUACAUUAGUGGUUACAUUAGUGACCAAUCCUAUUUCCUCUCUUACUCCUAUGAACCUGAUUUGUUGCCCAAAUAAAAAUAUAAAUAUUUUUAUCUUAGAUUCAUACAUAAAGGGACAGUUAUUGUUGAGUAGAAUUUGUGUCACUUUAUCUGUCAAGAAAAUUAAAAAUGUUAAGUGUAUUGUUUCUCUAGAAAUAUGUUUGUCUUUCAUAGCAUUCAAAGUAAUUACUAUAGCAAAGCAGUGAAAACUAAGUUUAUUAUACACUUGGUAACUAAUCUGACAGCCAAACUCAACAUGGGAAAUAGAAAGUACUAUUUUUUCUUGUUCAGUAUCUUUGCUAAUAUAAAGGUAGUAAGGUCCUAAGAGUUGAGUUUUUAUUUUUCUUAACCUGUUACCUUGAGAUAAUUUUAGAUUUAUAGAAGAAUUGCAAGAAAAGUACUUAGAGCAGUUUUUACUUCCUAUAGUAAUCUUUGCCUUGUAUUAAAAUCUUACGUGACCAUAGAACAUGUGCAAAACUAAGAAUUAGUACAAUAGGUACAAUAUUACUACGUAAAUUAGAACAUUGAUUUUGACCAUCCUUUUUUUAGUGGAACACUUGAAGGGUAGUUCUUAAAACCUGCCCUAGUUUUGUUGUAAUAAUUUCAGCCAGUAACUUGUAAACCAUUAAAAAUAUAAAUUGAAAUCAACAUACCAUAGAGAGAAAUGACUAUAUAGGUCAGUGAUGUAACUUCUUGUAACCAUAUACUGGCAGAGGACUAAUGAUCUAUUUUAUCAUUUUAUGCUAGAGAUUUUAAUUCUUAUUAAGUGUAACCUGUUUCGUUUUGUUUAGACAAUUCCUUAACCAUUUAAGGGUGAAGAAAAACCUAAAGAGCUCUUGCAAAUAAUUGAAAGUGACUUCGGGGUAUUGCUCUGCCACUCCUUACUUUUUAAAAAAAAAGUCAGCUAUUCCCCAGCCUGAAGCUGCAUGACACCCACAAUAAAUAAAUUUUAAAAAUCUCAUUUAUGAGUUCUGGUAUCAGUUUUAAGGCAUUUGGUUAUGUACUUUUUUUUUUUUUUUUUAAGUAACUACCGCGUAUUUUUAAGUUGUCUGUUAGAACAUUAACAUUAGGGUUUUGUUUGUUUCAUUGAAUAUUAAUUUUGAAUAGGCAUUCAUAUUGGGUAUUUUUUUUAUUCUUUUGCCUGUAUUAUAAAUCUGUGUCAUCAGUUCUGAAAUGCAAGCUAAGUCUAGCUUGCUUUUAAGUUUUGUUAAUAUUUCCUUUCAUUUAUUUUAAUUCUGUCGAUAGGCAGUUGAUUUUUUUACCUGAUUUCUUCCUUAACGCCUAAGUACCUUGGAACUUAAACUUAUCUGGAGUUGUUGCAUGACUUGCCUUUUUUAUUUAAGUGUAAAUGCCUGGGUGUUUUAUACACAUAGCAUUAUCUCUGAAGUACUGAGCUUGCAGUGUUUUUCUUCUGCAUCGUUACUAUUUGAUUUUAAGUUUUUAUAUAGUUCUUAAUUCCUUCAAGAACACUUUCUCCAAAGGGGCAUGUUUUAAUUAAAUGUUAAUUAAUGACCUUUCUUAGUUUUCCAAUUUAGUAGGCCACCUCUAAUGUCCAUUAAAGUGAAAUAAAACUUCCAGCCCUAAACAUUUUUAUGUUGAUUAAAAAUUAUGUCAAAAUAAUUCGGUUUCCUUUUUUUUUUUUUUUUUUUGACCAAGCAGGUAUAUUGCCCAAAUGAUUGGAUUGUUAAAAUAUCUCUAAGACUUUGCUACUUGAAGUAAGAUUACUAUUAAGCCUGGAAGAGGGAAACAUCUGUGAACCUGUCAUACUUUCCUGUCAUCCUCCACAAAUCAAACUAGAUGUGUAUAGUAAGGCUACUGCUUUUAAAAUAGUGUGGUCCUUUCCUGCAAAUGUUUAUUUUAGUUUACAGUGCGAUAUUCAUAUUUUUUUUGUACGAUUGAUUUGUGAAUGUCUGUAUACUCUUGUAGACUGACUAACCUUGACUGUUUUGGCCAAUCAUAAUAUUGCCAUUUUCUAGUAUAGGGCUUGGCGUAUUGAUUGGCUUUUGUAAAUAUCAAGAAGAUCCACAACCAUCUCCUUAUGGGCCACUCGCUGUUUUAAGGACUUUAAUGAAUAUGAGCUUACCCCUAAUGAUAACUCUGUGAGGUAGGUUCUAUCCUUACAUUACACAUGGGGAAAGUGAUUGAUUGCAUAGGUUAAAUAACUCACCCAAGUCAGAGCUAGUGAGUUUAUAAGUAGUAGUAAUUUUAAGCUCAAAUAGCCUGGCUUUGUGUUCUGUGCUUUUAACUGCUCUGUGCUGCUUGUGUCUGCCACUUGGAGUAAUAGUUUCCAUAAAACAUUAGCACAUAGCAUGGAAAAUUGGUAACACUGUGUUUGGUCACCAGGAACAAAUUUUUAGUUUCAUAUGUUUUGUUAGAAAAUAAGUUUAUAAAAUAAAAUACGUAGUCCUUUUG